GAGGAGGCGGCGGCGGCGGCGCCGCGAUGGGGUCCCGGCGCCCGCGGCUCUGAGCCCCGCGGCAUGGCUGGCAUCAUCAAGAAGCAGAUCCUCAAGCACCUCUCCCGGUUUACCAAGAAUCUCUCUCCAGACAAAAUCAACCUGAGCACACUGAAGGGACAGGGACAACUGACCAACCUGGAGCUGGAUGAGGAGGUGCUGCAGAAUGUGCUGGAGCUGCCCACCUGGCUUGCCAUCACUCGGGUCUAUUGUAACAAGGCAUCUAUCAGGAUCCAGUGGACGAAGCUGAAAACACACCCAAUCUGCCUGUACCUGGAUAAAGUGGAGGUAGAGAUGCGAACAUGCGAAGAGCCUCGGCCACCCAACGGACAGUCUCCCAUUGCUCUUGCUGCAGGCCAAAGUGAAUAUGGCUUUGCUGAAAAGGUCGUGGAGGGGAUGUUUAUUGUUGUCAAUUCCAUUACCAUCAAGAUUCACUCCAAGGCUUUUCAUGCAUCUUUUGAGCUAUGGCAACUCCAAGGCUACAGUGUCAACCCAAACUGGCAACAGAGUGACCUGCGGCUCACUCGCAUUACUGACCCACAGCGAGGAGAGGUUUUGACAUUCAAAGAGCUCACCUGGCAGACACUUCGCAUAGAAGCUGAUGCCACUGACAAUGGUGAUCAGGAUCCUGUUACUACUCCUCUGAGACUCAUUACCAACCAGGGGAGGAUCCAGAUCUCUCUCAAGAGAAGGACCAAAGAUUGCAAUGUGAUGGCAUCUAAGCUGAUGUUUCUCCUUGAUGACCUGCUCUGGGUGCUGACAGACUCUCAGCUGAAAGCAAUGAUGAAAUACGCAGAGUCUCUGAGUGAAGCCAUGGAGAAAUCUGCCCAGCAGAGGAAAACCUUGGCACCAGAGUCUGUACAGAUCACUCCACCUGCUCCAAGUACCCAGCAGAGCUGGUCUCAGUCGUUUGGAGUCAGCCCAAAUGCAAGUAGCAUUGGUCAGUACUUUGACAAGCACGACAUGAAAGAGUCAUCUUACCACCUCCUCAUCUCCCGCUUGGAUCUGCAUAUCUGUGAUGACAGCCACGCUCGAGAGUCAGGUGCUUUGAAGCAUGGGAUGCUGGGGGGUGCCAUCCAGCUGACCUUCAGGAGAAUGGCUUUUGACUACUAUCCCUUCCACAGGGCAGGAGAUGCCUGCAAGCAUUGGGUGAGGUACAGUGAAGCAAUGGAGACACGAGGUCAGUGGGCAAAGAAGUUGGUCAGUGAAUUUCAAAGCAAGAUUGAGAAGCUUUAUGAAGAAAUGGAUCCUGGAUGUGCCAAGACUCCACUUUCCCCCUUCAAAAAGAAAUCAGAUGCUUCGUUGAGUCCCCAUAAAAGCCCCUCAGAGAAAGGCCGUGCACCUCCCACGAGUUUGCCGCGACUCCGGCACCCUCCCUGGAGCCGCCUUCGCUCCAGCUGUGUGGUAGUUCGAGUGGAUGACCUGGAUGUUCACCAGGUUUCUACAGCUGGUCAGCAAAGUAAGAAGCCCUCCACCUUGCUUUCGUGUAGUCGGAAAUCCUUCAAACUUCCUGAUCAGGUCUCUGCAAUCCACAUUGAAUUCACAGAGUAUUACUUCCCAGACAAUCAGGACUUUCCAGUUCCAUGCCCAAACUUGUAUGUACAACUGAAUGGCCUGAUUCUCACUCUGGAUACAGCAAGUGUGCUCUGGAUAAACCUCUUCUGUCUGGAUCUUUAUCGCAGCUUAGAGCAGUUUAAAGCCAUCUACAAGCUGGAGGACUCGGGCAAGCACGAUGAGCACGUCGAUGUUCGACUGGACGGCUUCCGGGUGAAGCUUAACAUACCUGUGGAGAAGAAAGUGAGUGACCAUGAGGAUCGUCCCCAGGCGCUGUGCGUUGGUGCAUCAGAGGUGACAGCCACCAACACCCGCCACGCUCCCUUCUGCAGCUGUCAGGACCUCCAGAGCCUCUUCCGGAAAUUUGCCAGUUCAGAGUUCUUCCACUCCAGCUACACCAAGUUCCCAAGGUCUCAGGACAAUUUCAGCCUCCUCCACACCCUUUUCUUGCGCCAUGCCUAUGAGGUGGAUGUCAGGCCUCAGAAGCAUCCUGGCUUUGCUCAGCUACUACAGAAAACCUCUGCCUCUGAAGAUCUGUGGUCCAUGAACUUCACUGAGCUUUCCCUGGACUUUGAGGGGGCUGAAAGCUCAAGGGGCAGAGCCUUAAGCUUUAUUGACCCUUUCCCCCUCUCCAUUUGGGCCUGCCUUCCCAAGCGAUGGGGACGAGCUCGUGUAUCUAAACGACAGGAAUUGGCUGCCUCCGAGUCCAAAAUCAAGCCUUCUGCCAGCUUUAGCAAUCACUCCAAGAAUGAGAACCUUCCCAGAGAACAUGGGGUUUGUCAAAGAUCAAAGACUGACCAGGACCUGAAGAACAUCUGUAAGGUCCCAGAGACAAUGGAUGUCUUGGGAGAAUGUGACUGUGAAGUUGAUGAUGGAGUAGAUAACAAAGAGCUCGAAGCCUCUGCUGAUAUCCACAUGCUUGUGUCCUCAUCUGUCCACAUCAAGGUUCGGCUCAACCACUACCAGUACUUGGUGCUGCUGAGGAUGAAAGAAGUUCUGCAAACACUGCAGGAGCAGUUGGCUCAAGAUACCCAGGAAGUGACAGGGUCUCCUUUAGUUCCCAUGUCUGCUUGUGUAGGAGUCGUGUUCCAUAGUGCUGAAGUGGCCCUACUCAUGAACCCCGCACCAGGCUCUGUCUUGGAACCCCGAUCCCUUGACUCGGACACUACAAGCCUGAUUGAGUCUGAGCUCUCCCCUUCAAACAGCAAGGAGGGGCUGGCAGCUGAAGAGAAGGAGCUGAAGUCAGAGAGCAGUUCUGAGAAGGAAGUAUGCAGCACCUCAGAGGUCCCAGAGGACAGUGGGAUUGAAAAUACAGGUACCAGUGUAACCAGUGCAUCACUGCAGGGACUCCCGAGAUCUGUAAGCGAUGGAGCUCUGAGUACAGCUCCACAGAGCAAGAGCAUGGAGGAGAAAAGUGUGGUAGAGGAAGCACAUGAAGCUGUAGAAGCCUUGGUUGCAGAAAGACCAUCAGAGACCAGCAGCCAUCCUCACAGCCCUCCUGCUCUCCCUUCUAGCCCAACCUCAGACACGCAGCCCUUGGGGAAAGGAAAGAUGGCUCUGAAUGGCCAGGCAGAACUCAUCCCUUUGAAGAACAUAGAGGUGGAGUUGUCUAGUGCACUGCAUAUCACAAAGGAUGCCACGAAGGAAGCUCUGCACAUGACUAUGGACCUCACCAAAGAAGCCAUGUCUAUAACAAAAGAUGCCCUGAGCCUGAGCCGGGAGAAGAUGACCUCCACCAUGCAGAAAAUGCUCUCUCUCCCCCCAGACAAGGAUUCUGUGCCCAAAGCAGAAGAGGGAGCAGUGACUCCAGGUGGGGGCGGCAGCAGCCGGAUGCGUUUCUUCUCCAUGAAGAGGACGGCAUCCCAGCAUUCCUUUGACACCACGUCUGUGGAUGGCAGCGGCCCUGAGGACGGGCUGUCUGUGGACAGUGAUGGCAGUGAUGGCUUUCUGGUGCUCACAGACUCUGAACCCAGCCUGGACCCUCUUCCUUCAGGGCAUCUUCCUCAGGUCCACAAUGACACAGGCAGCAGAGCAAGCCUGGUAGCAGAGGAGGAGGGUGGACUGUCUCCUGAAAUAAACAGCUCAACUUCUCAGAGUGAAGACCCCAGCCUUCAGCUGGUGUCUGUCCUUGUGUUGAAGAUGAAUGAGGUGAACUGUGGAUUAGAGGCACGAGGUGAUGAUUUGUCUGUUGCUUUACAAGUCAUGAAUGUGGUUCCAGAGCAACUGAACAACGUUGGAAUGUGGCAGUAUCUGCGUGGCUAUGUGGCUCUAGGAGAUGCAGGUGUAGAGAAGCCUUCAGUCCCUGAAGCAAGUAAGACCCAGCCAGAAGUGUGUUUGCGUCUUGAAGUAGGACCUAAUGCUGCUGUGCAUUCACCUCUUGCUGUUCAGAACGGCUUCCUUCAUCUGCUGGUCCACAGUUACACAGCUGAGCUCUUCAUGUCCUCCCUCACCAACUUGGGCCCCUUUCUGGAGGAUGAAAUAAUUCCAGAGGUGAUCCCCAUGGAGAUAGAAGUUGUGGAUGCAAAAAUCACGUUGAAGGAUGACAGCCCCAGGGUCUACCCUACCUCCCCUGGCCCUGUUCCUAUCACCUUGGCAGUAGAUCACGUGGUUGUGAAGCGCAGAGAUGAUGGGGUGUUCUAUCUAACAGCUCCAGGAGGGGAGGGUUCAUCAAAACAGGAAAAACCUGUGUCAGCUCCUCAGGAGCAGAAGGCUCCAGCAGAGUGUGGCUGGGCAGCAGCAGGAACACGUGGGCUGCAGUUAAAAGAAGUGCCAGAGUUGCAAAGGGAGCUUCAGAGCAUGAAAAUAGCCCUUGCAGAAGCCAACAUGGACAAGGCUCGGCUUCUGCAGGAAAUUAGGAAAUACAAUCCCCUCUUCCAGCUUUGACAGUGGAGGGACAGGCUGCAGCUGCUCAGGAGGAGUGGAGACCACCACCAGCACUAAGGCAGCUAGUUGGAUUCUAUUGCUGCUGAACAGGUCAGCCUCCUGGGGACUGAUUGCCUCAAGGAAUGGAAACCAGCUAUGACUGCAAAAUGAACACAGAAGAGAGAGAAAGGGGGGAAAGUCUGGUUGAGCACCAGGGAAGGAACAAGGAGGAGUUAUCUGUUUGCAGCCCCUUUACUCUGUCCUGGCAGUGUGGUGCUGCCUCUGUCACUGAACCAGGGCAGUAGUCAGCCUACAAACAAAAGGUCAGAAGCUGGGAGGGGAGCACCCCGUGUCCCUCCAUCCGUGGGUGGCAGUGGCAGUGUCACCUUGCAUGGUCACAUUCAGAGAUGGUCUACGUGGGAGUUUCUGCUUCUUUCAGCCUUCUUUUCGUGUUCUUGCCCAAUGGUGUGUGCCCAAAAACACAGUAAAAGGACUGGAGGUACUUCACCACAUCAGAAGUGACCAAGAGUAGGGUUGGCAGAAAACAUUGCUCAGAGCUCUGAUGUGAGAGCUUGUGCACUCCCCGAGGCAAAGCAGAAGCACAGGAGGUCGGUGAGUGUGGGGCUGCACAAGGGCUUUCUCCCCUGUGCAGUAAGGGAGCCACAGUUCAUGAUUCCUUCAAGAACAGGACAGUAAAGAAAUCCCUUCAGCCUGCUUUAUCCACUAGUAAUUUGUUGUGUCAGGGCACAAUCAGUAAGGUAUUGGACUCAGUCUCAUUUGUUGUCACUUAACUCCACACUGUUUGGCUUCAUUGGUGCAGAAACACAAAGGAAUUGAUUUCUUGCAUUGCCAACAAUUAUUUAACUUUCUUUAAUUUCACUGUCAAAGAAGAGGGGUAAAAGAAAGUUGGUUAAGUCACAGCAUGAGCUGACCUGAGUGUUUUCACUGUCCUCAAACCACUGGAUGCCAGAGUUUCACCAGGGGAGCAGUACUGCCAGCACAAGGAAGCACAGCAGUCUGGGUUCCUGCACUGUGCUGUGUCUUUAUUAACACUGACCUCUUGCCUGGCCUUAAAUAUUUUAACAGGGCCACUGGUGUGUGUGGGUCAGGAGAAGGGUGCUGACCAAGCCCCCUUGGGUGGACUCCCACACUAUUAACUGCUCACUGUGGGGUGGAGAUGAAACACUGCUGGCUUGAGCAUGGUUUGUGUUCUUGCCUGUUUAUGGAGCUGCUUCCCUGAAGAGGCAGAAGUCUCUGUGCUUGGUGACUGACCUAAUUCCUAAAGAAAUAACCUCUGCAAGUGUGGAGGGGAAAAAGAAAUCCCUGGUAAAAUAUCAAGUAAAUACUAAUUUUAUAAGUAAAAACUCAGUGUCAUUAAUGAGUCAGAUCCCCUCCUGAAGCCACACUGGCAUGGGCUUUCUUUGCUGUGCCAGUCUGGGCAUGGUCAGUAAGGGAGAAGCUGCACCAGAGGAGAACUUGUGUUGGGGUGCAGGGGGCUGUGGCUUCCAGCCCCUUUGUGUUAAGGAUGAACACCUCUCCCACAGCAUCUCUGCUGUGUGCAGUUUGAUGGAUUUUAUCUUCACACUUGGGAUUUUUCUAGAUGCAUUUUGUGUAAAUGCACCAUUUCUGCUGCCCAGGCUCUUCAGAGUGUGGAAACCAAGUGGCAAGUGCCCCACACCAAGUGCUGGGAGAAGUGACAGACAGUAUGUGAUUCUCUUUUGUUAAUCAGAUGACAAGCUGAUUUGUCCAUUCAAGGUUAGGUGACCCUUCCUGUGUUCUUCAGCUGAACACACCCCCACACCUUUAAUGGGUUUUUCUGGUUUUUCAUUACUCCACUGACCCUGGUUUGGAUAAAGCCAAUACCAGAUUGGAAUCCUGCUUGCUCUGCAAGGAGCAGCCUCUGAUUUCCAGGCCAUCAGGAGCUGAGGCCUGGAAACUACACAAAAGCAAAUAAGUUGUGAGUUAAGUUUGGUUUUCCUCAUGUGCUCUUAUGUACUUGUCCUUUUGCCAGCUCUGGAGCUGUUGAACAUUUCCCCUCCACAGGCAUUCCUGGAUCAUUUCAGUUCUUUAGCUCCAGGGGAAAUGGAUGGAGUUAGAGGGCCAGGCUAGGGGUGGAGGUGAUGUGCUUUGCAGAGAGCCAAGAGUGAGUUCCUUGUGGUUGUUGGCUUUCACUUUGAAAAAAGAGGGUCUGUAGGAGAGAGAUGGUGAUUGAAACAACUGUCACUGUUAUGAGCAUCAUCUUUAUCUCAUGUUUGAUUCCAUUAGACUGAAGGUAGCUUUGAAUAACACUUGUGGGAAUUAGUCCUUGUAGGCUAGGAUUGAACAGAGAGCCUUGGGGCUGACAGAGCCUAGCACUCUUGCCAAGAUCUGACUGACCAGUGCCUGCAACCAGACACAGCAGCAAGAGCCUGACCUUCCUUCCAGAUCCCCUGGAAGCAGGCAGCCCCAGAUGAAUGAAGAGGAGUACUUGUCUUCUGCAGCAGCAUGGGAGCUGGGCUGCAGGUGGGCUCAUGCUCACCACCCACUCAGCCUGGGCCAGCUCUCCUGUUGGGAUGCUGUGACUUCUGCCAGUUGCUUCCACUCCUCCUCGUUCCUGUCAGACCACCUGCCUGUUUACUCUGGAGCAGACUGUGUGACCUGUCCCCUGCUCAACACAGCCAGUGACAAGACAGAUGUGGUGCUGCCUGAGAUGGAACAUGUGCUGGAGCAGCCUGUUCUCGAGAGGAAAAUGCACUGUAACGUCCUCAGUGUCUGCAGGCAUCUCCUUCACCAAUACUGCCUCGUGCCCAGCGUUCAGAACUCCAAGCAGAGCUCCUUCUGUAGUAAGGCUCUUGCUGUGAGCAGGUCUCACAGGGGGAGAAAGGAGGUAACAAAGCAUCUACAGCUCUAGACUUGCUUAGAAACAAACCCCAACAUGAGCAGCUCCCUGUAAGUACCAUUAUGGACUGCACAAAGCCCACACAAGCAGCAGUGGAACAUGUAGACAAACCCUUGUGCUUCUGCUUGCUGCCUCUGCCCAUGUGAAGCAAGACAUCCAGGAGUGCUUGCCAUGGUGGAAUACAAUGGUAUUCUUAUCUUUUCUUCACUAAUUGCUUGAAAAUGGGAGGUUUCUGUUCUUCUCUCUCCAAUUGUCAUGAGCAGGUGUCCAGCUUCCUCUGCAGCCAGCUGGGGAAAUGAGUAGCAUGCAAAGGGUCUUCUUGGAGGUGGUGCCUACUCUGUCCCAUCUCCUUGUCCCUCCUUCCCACAUGUGCAGACUGAACAGGGCUGGGGCAGGUUGUUUACAGCAAAUUUGUUGCUCUAGCACCUUGAGUCAAUUUGCAUUAAGAAUUAAAGCAUUUCCAUUGGGUUGAAGUACCAGGAAAAACUACUGUAAAUGAACUGCUCCUUUCCACCAGGCAAACAGCUGCCAGGACAAAAACCAUCUCCACUGGUGGUGAUCAGCAGAGUUUACUUUAAGCCUUUUACUGAAGGACUCUUUCCAUGGUACAGUGAGAGGCAGCUGAGUGGUGCUGCUGCACAAAGGAGGGUUACCCUGACAAGAGCAUGUAGCCUCACUGACCUUAGUUGGGAGGGGUUGUGCUCCCAGGGGUCUGGGGUCUGUACAGGUGGGUACUGUGCAAAUCUGAACUUGAAUGUGAGUUUUGGGCAGUAUUGGAGCUUUGUCUCAGUAUAUUUCCAGUCAUGUAUUUAUUGGUUCUAUGAACCAUGCAAAGCAAUUAAACUUGUUAACCUCCUUGCA